AUGGAAAUAUAAGGAGAGACUAGAGUAAAUUAGAAAUAGAUCUUAUUCUCUUCGUAAAACGCCGAACAGUCAGAGAAGACAAUAUUUAUUUUGAUUAUAAUUGUUUGCUCGUUAAUGUUUAUAAAUUCUUUGAAUGAGAUUCUUUAUUUCAUUCAUUAUUCAUAUAGGCUAGAUUCUGAAACUUAUGUCGCUGUCAAAAAAAGGACUUUAGCUUGUUUGAAAUAUAAUUAUUUAUUAAUUAUAAAUAAAAGAUAGUUCUCAAAUUCAGUCCAUAAUCACUCAUGCUCCCAAAUAAGAAUAAGCAUAUUGGUGCAGAUUUUUCAGGUUUUUAGAAAAAAGCUUAUUUAAGGUUCUCUUUAACAAAAUGAUAAUCUUUGCUAAUUUCUAAAUCUGAAAGAUUACUCAAAAUACUCUAAGUCAGAUAUAGAGAAAAAAUAAAAAUUAAUAUGGCAAGAGAUAGCUUAGGAUUGGCAAAAGUAUUAAAGAGACGUUAAAGUUAUUUAAUUAGCAGAAUUUGGAAUACCUUUUAGUGCAAGAAGAUUUAUUUGGCCUUUGAUUGUUGGUAAUAAGCAUCAAAUAACUUUGGAGUUAUUUGAAAUAUUAUCAGAAUAAGUACAAAAUAUAAUUAUUGAUGACAAAUAUAAUUAUGGAAGAAUAAGCUCUAUGAAGUUGAUUCAGAAAGAUUUAGGGAGAACUUUUGAUAUUCCAAGUCUUCGAAACAUUUUUUAAUCCGGAGGACCUCUAAGUGGAAGUUUACAAUCUAUAUUGGAGUCAUUUUGUGUUUAUCGACCAGAUAUUGGUUAUAUCUAAGGGAUGACUUACAUAGCUUCUAUACUCUUGACUUAUUUAGAUGAAUAUCAAACCUUUAUAAUUUUUAGCAGUCUCAUUACACAUCCAUAAUUGCUUCCCAUAUAUUUAGUUGAUUCUAAUUUGCUUCAGGUGAUCUUUUAAUAAUUUUAAAAAUUGAUUAAGAUAAACAUCCCUUAAACAUAUCAAAUACUAAAAUAAUAUAACAUCGAUUGCUCAAAUUUUUUACUUGAAUGGAUUAUUACACUUUAUGCAAAAACAUUAAAUCCUGACAUAGUUGGAAGAAUUUGGGAUAUGAUGUUUUUUAAUGGAACAAAUGUAUUAUGGAAGACUGGUAUUUCAAUUCUAAAGUUGUUAUCAUCAAAAUUUAAAGAUUUAGAAACUACACUUCUUUUAUUAAAAUAUCCUUAGGUGAACGAGGAUGAGUUAUUUUAUGAGAUAAACUUAGUAAAAUAUCCAGUUGAUGUUUCUGAAAUUUUAUCAAACUUAUAAUUAUGA